UAAUGCAUAAUCUUCCUCUCUUUCUUGCUCUCUGCGGCUCUCACCCACCUUACGUAGAUGUGCAAGUUUUAAGAGGAUUAUGGCAAAGGGGAACACAAAGCAAUUCACCUAUCAUCCCGCCUGAUUCUGUCUGUCUGCACAUGCACACACGGACAAACACACACACACGCUGCAACGGACUGCAGUCAAUAAGAGGAACCUAGGACCAACAGGAACAGAGUGAGAGAGAAGAGGAGCCACUGUGAGGAUGCAGGAGUAUGAUAUUAUAGUGCUUGGAACCGGACUUAAGGAAUGUAUCCUCUCUGGUUUAAUGUCUCAAAGUGGGAAAAAGGUCCUUCACAUUGACAAGAAUCCUUAUUACGGAGGAGAGAGUGCAUCCAUUUCUCCGCUUGACGAGCUCUUCAAGAAAUUUAAAGUUCCAGGUCCUCCCAAGUCCUUGGGCCGUGGGAAAGAGUGGAACGUUGACCUCAUCCCCAAAUGUUUUCUUGCAACUGGUCAGCUGGUGAAAAUCCUGGUGCACACAGAAGUUACUCGCUAUCUGGACUUCAAAGUGGUUGAAGGCAGCUACGUUUACAAAGCAGGCAAACUGCAUAAAGUCCCUGGAACAGAGGAAGAGGCUCAUACCUCAGAUCUUAUGGGGAUGUUUGACAAGAGGAGGUUCAAGAAGAUGCUGCUCUUCGCCCAGAAUUUUGACUUGAGAAACCCUCGCUCUCAUCAGGAUGUGGAUCCUCACAAAACAACCACACGGGACCUGUUCACUCGCUUUGAUCUAGGACUAGAUGUCAUAGAGUUCACAGGUCAUGCCAUAGCGCUACAUAGCAACGAGAGUUACCUGGACCAGCCCUGUCUGGAAACCAUUAACCGGAUCAGGCUUUACUGUGAGUCUCUCACCCGCCACCACUCCAGUCCAUACCUCUACCCUGUGUACGGCCUGGGUGAACUGCCACAGGGAUUUGCCAGGUUGAGUGCAGAGUACGGAGGAACCUUCCUGCUGAACAGGGCCGUGGACGAGAUUGUGAUGGAGAACGGCAAAGUGAAGGCUGUGAAAUCUGAGGGGAAGCUGUUCCACUGUAAACAGUUAAUCUGUGAUCCCAGCUACGUUCCCAACCGAGUCAGGAAGGUGGGGCGUGUCGUGAGGGCGAUCUGUUUAUUAAACCACCCGGUUAAAAACACUCACGAGGCCAACUCCUGUCAAAUCAUCAUCCCUCAGACACAGCUCCACAGGAAGUCAGACAUUUAUAUAUCUGUGGUGUCCUAUGCCCACAAUGUGGCCUCAGAUGGGAUGUAUAUUGCCACAGUGAGCACGGCCGUAGAAACCAGCAGCCCGGAGAAGGAGGUGCAGCCGGGGCUGGAGCUUCUGGAGCCCAUCAUGCAAAAGUUUGUGUCUGUCAGCAACCUGAUGGUCCCAAACGAAGACGGACAGAAAAGUCAGAUAUUUGUGUCUCGCUCUUACGACGCAACAAACCACUUUGAGAAUGAAUGUGAAGACAUCAAGGACAUGUACCGCCGUCUCACUGGGGCAGCGCUCUCCUUUGGAGGGUCACGACACCAGUCUCAUAACUCUGAUGACGACUGAGAAGGUCUUUCAGCCAGGAGGCCACGACAGAUGAUCAUACUACAGAGUGUUACGUAGCAUGUAGAGUGUGUUGUGCGUGUGCUAUUUAAAGCACUAUUUAAGGCAUGGAAGGUUUUCAUUUCCUCAAUUUAUUUCCUGUAAUUUCCCCUCUGCAAAAUAUUGUUGCUGUUUGUAAAACAGAAGUUUCUUUUGUCAGUUUUAUAAUUUCCUUAUUCUGACUUAAUAUUUUGUUAUGAGACAAGUUCAAAAAAAAAAAAAAAAAAUCAGCAAUGCAACUUACUGCAUGCUGUUGACAAAACAGUUCAGAAGACAACUUCAAUAUAUUUGUUAGCAGUUUACGUAACUCAGAAGUCAACUGAAUGUAUAUUAUUAACAUGCAUUCAUGUAAUACUUUUACAGACAGGAGAAUGUGACCUGAGUGGAGCAGAUUAUCCUUCAUUUUUCUUGAGCACCAGUAGUAAAAGUAAUCAGGCGGCAGCCUGCAUGUGAUUGACAGGAUUUAGUGGUUCAGACUGACGCUGGGCGUGCUGCACAGAGGCAGAUGAUUAGAGAUGAAUCACAGUGAUGUGUAGAGGAUUUGUGGAUUCUCUCGUGGACGGGGCUUACGUGUGAGAAGGACAAAGCCCCAGAAUUAUGUCAUAUGAUGCACACGCAGCUUUGUGAGUGGCAUCGCUGCUGGAGGCAGAGGACAAA